AUGGACACCAAGCUCCACCCAGCUGUUACCGUCACCAACAUCAAAUCCUUCAUCCCCAUCACUCUUGAAUCUGACUCCGCACAGUACGCGACAUGGUCGGAGUUCUUCCGCCUCCAUUGUCGUGCGUUUCUGGUCUCCGAUCACCUUGAACCCCCUGCCGCUACCACAUCCAAUACCACAAAAACCACCGAUACCGAGAAAACAUCAGACCCAAAGCCUGCUAUCGAUUCGUGGGAGAGGCUGGAUGCCAUAGUCCUUCAAUGGAUCUAUGGCACCAUCUCCCCGGACCUCGUUCAAACUAUCAUGAAGAAAGGCUCCUCUGCCUAUGUUGCGUGGGCUGCUCUCGAGGCUCUGUUCCAAGACAACAAAGCUGUUCGCGCAAUCUAUCUGAAACAAAAGUUCAACUCUACCCGACUAGAAAAUUUUUCUAACAUGGCCACGUAUUGUCAGGAACUCAAAGUACUUGCCGACCAACUCAACAAUGUUGAAGCCCCUGUUGAUGACCAAUCUCUUGUGUUGCAAACAUUGGCCGGUCUCACCGAUUCCUAUGACGCCGUGGCCACUGUUCUCGGCAACACAAAACCACUGCCAUCCUUCAACGAGGUCCGCUCACAACUUUGCAUGAAUGAAACCCGCAAAGCCAAUCAAGCCAGCUCUUCCGUCAAUUCAGCCGGCUCGGCUCUCCACAUCACCUCUCGACCUGCUACCUCACCAAACACUUCCACUCCCCCUACCGACUACCGCACCGAAACUGGUAACAACCGUGGUCGCUCUCGUGGCCGCGGACGUGGUCGUGGCAGACCUGCUUGGAACCGCAACCGCAACCCAAAUCAGCCUCAACAAUUCUCGGCCCAAUACCCCUGGCCGUACGGCCCACCAGUAUGGCCCAAUACCCAUUCGCAAAAUUCCCAGUGGCCUACUUGGGCUUCGCCACCCUGCCCUUACCCGACUACCCCACAGCACAACUCCCACACUUCGGGUCAGGGAAUUUUAGGCCCACGCCCCAACGUCGCCAAUGUUGCCUACACCCCUACUGACAUCGCACAGGCCAUGUACACGUUGAGCUUAAACCCGCCAGAUUGGAACUCUGUGAUGGACACUGGCGCUACGGGUCAUUAUCUGCAACCGUCAGGUACAUCUCAAUCUCAUUUAAAUAAGAGUAAAAAAUCAAUAUAUCAUUGUCAGUGA